ACUAAUAAUAAACAAGCCAAAAUGGAAAACGAUAAAGGUCAAUUAGUUGAAUUAUACGUCCCAAGAAAGUGUUCUGCUACCAACAGAAUUAUCAAAGCUAAGGACCAUGCUUCUGUCCAAAUCAGCAUUGCUAACGUUGAUGCUGAAGGUAGAGCCAUCCAAGGUUCCAACACCACCUACGCUUUAUCCGGUUACAUCAGAGGUAGAGGUGAAGCUGAUGACUCUUUAAACAGAUUGGCUCAACAAGAUGGUUUAUUAAAGAACGUCUGGUCUUACUCCCGUUAAGAGUGUAAUUAGGUAUAUGUGCAUAUAUAUUAAUUUAUAAAAAACAAAGUUCUUCAGGUGUGUGUAUAUUUAAUGUUCAUGUAAUAAACAAUUAGUCUAAGAAUGUACAGAUGUGUGCAGGUUGUAAAGAAUAUUACGAAAUAGUAUAAUUGUCGGAUCAAAUUGGCAUUCGAUCUCUACAUAGUACGGCAGAUCAUACGAGAGAAGCGGAGUAGGCUUAUGUUUCAAUCAACAACAAUGCAACACUGCUUAAAAAAGAAGAGAGCAAAUUCCACCUGAUGAUGGUUUUGAGUUGUUCUUUGGUUCCUUUAGUUUAUAGAGUUGUACGUAAAUCUAUACAGGCGAUAUUAAAUCCGAUUAUUAUGAAUCCUAAGUGAAACUGUUUUAUUAUUUGACAUUGAGUUUUUCUUGAAAUCAAUUAAUAUUUUACGCUGUUCCAUUGUUCCAUAUUUGGAUUUUAGAUUUUUAGGGUUUUGCAUUGCUGUAACUCCUAAUAUAGUUUAACCCCCAGCACAGGGUGGUGCAGAGACAUCCGCGCAAGCCCGUAACGAAAUAUAAUUCAGUAUUCAUACACAAUUGUACAUUUGUAAAUCAGUUAAGCCAAGAAUAAUUAGAUAAUUCGUU